GACGGGACGGAACGGGACGGGACUGGGCGGGGGUCAUUCGCGGGUAGGCUAUCCCGGGAGGGCCUGCUUCUUUGGGUCUCUGGUGACAGGCAGAGGCAGCCGGUGGGUCCUGACUUGCUUGUUCCGGCGGCGGAUUAGACGGGCUGACCUUGGCUGCUGCUGUUUGCAGCUUCCAGUCCAGGGUCGGAGCCAAUGACUGUUUGGGCCGCCGCCAUCCUGCGCAGGGCCGCUGCCCGAUGCCUGCGGGCGCAAUGCCCCGGGGUCCAGACGCCUCCUCCGCGCUCCCCCGCGCACUCCCAGCCCGAGCCCCCGAGCUGGGGUCCGGUUCCAAACAGGACGCUGCACUUCACCGCAGCGGCUCCAGCCGGGCACAACAAGUGGUCCAAAGUUAGGCACAUCAAGGGGCCCAAAGACGCCGAAAGGAGUCGCAUCUUCACCAAACUCUGUUUGAACAUCCGCCUGGCGGUUAAAGAGGGAGGACCCAACCCUGAGCUCAACAGCAACCUGGCAAACAUCUUAGAGGUGUGUCGCAGUAAGCACAUGCCCAAGUCAACGAUUGAGGCAGCACUGAAAAUGGAGAAAACUAAAGACAUAUAUUUGCUGUAUGAGGGUCGAGGCCCUGGUGGCUCUUCUCUGCUCAUUGAGGCGUUGUCUAACAGUAGCUCCAAGUGUCAAUCAGACAUUAGACAUAUCCUAAACAAAAAUGGGGGAGUGAUGACUGAAGGAGCUCGUCAUUCCUUUGACAAAAAGGGGGUGAUUGUGGUUGGAGCGGAGGAUAAAGAGAAGAAAACUGUGAACUUAGAGCGUGCCCUAGAGCUGGCAAUUGAAGCAGGAGCUGAGGAUGUCAAGGAAACUGAAGAUGAAGAAGAAAAGAAUAUUUUCAAAUUUAUUUGUGAUGUUUCUUCACUGCAUCAAGUGAGGAAGAAGCUGGACUCUUUGGGCCUGUGUUCUGUGUCCUGUACACUAGAGUUCAUUCCCAACUCAAAGGUGCAGCUGGCUGACCCUGACCUGGAGCAGGUUGCUCAUCUCAUCCAGCUUCUCAGCAACCACGAGGAUGUGAUCCACGUCUAUGACAACAUUGAAUAACAAGAUCAUGUGUUCCUACAGUUUCCUCCUAGGCAAGUGGCAGCCCAUUCCAGAUCACAGGCUUCUGCAGCGAUCUCUGAGAGUAAAGCAGGAGGGGCUUGCCUAGCAGGUUAGGAGGCCAAGGGAACUUGUAUUCUUGAGGCCAAGGGAACCCCAUAUUUCCAUAGAACCCCUUUGUCAGCUCUGCUGGUGUCUGAUAGCCCUUCUGGAUGAGUCUCCGAACACUUUUCUGCAUGUAAACUGUGGCCACCUAGCUGGUCAGACUGUGGUCUCAGGUACUUGGGCCUUGUGGGCAUUGUAAGUGCCCUGAGGCCCUUUGUGCUAGAAAUGGCUCUUAAAUAACAGCAGUGAUUCAUCUGGGUUGCUGCAUUGCUAUUGUGUGGUUCUUGAGUUUUCCUGAGUUUUUGUCCAAUUGUUGAGACCCUCUGGACUAACUUUCAAGUCCCUAGACUUAGGUCAACUACUCUAAUCCCAGGACUGUUGUUUAAUUCUUUUUUUUUUUUUUUUUUUUUUUGAGACAGAGUCUCAAGCUGUCACCCUGGGUAGAGUAACUUGGCAUCACAGCUCACAGCAACUUCAAACUCUUGGGCUUAUGCGAUUCUGUUGUCUCAGGACUACAGACGCCCGCCACAAUGCCCAGCUAUUUUUUGAUUGCAGUUGUCAUUGUUGCUUAGCAGGCCUGGGCCAGGUUUGAACUUGCCACCCUAGGUGUAUGUCGCCGGCACCCUGCUGACUGGGCUAAGGCGCCACCCUGUUGUUUAAUUUUUUGAUGACUGUAGAAAUGUAGCUGUAUUUAGGUACUCUUUGGUCUAAUGCUGGUCUUAUGGCUUCAACCUGUCAUUCAUUCAUACAAUGGAACACCUACUGUGUACUAGCAACUAUACUUAUCUAGAACAGAAUGUGUUCAUUGGUAACCCUGUGUUAUAUCCUACUCUAUGGUGUGGAACCUCAAAGCCCCACCUCUACUGGAGCUGCCGCAGAGCAGUGUGAAAUGCUGUGCGUAAAUCUUUUAUUCUCUUUGUGUGACCUCUGUACCCUUCCACCAGAGGCCUUAAGGCUCUAGCCCAGUAGGAAAUCAAAUGCGAAGUGAUAAGGGACUCCCCUGCUUCGCCUGGGCCCCUGUUUGUUCUGAGAUUGGACUGAUGAGCAGAUUGGGCUGCUCUCAGAAAAGACUUCACCAGGCUGUUUCUCAAAAUGUCCAACCCUGGCUCCUUUUUAUCCCCAAUGCCAAAUGAUGGGGCACUGGGAAAUAGAAAGGAAAUAGAAAGGAAAUAGAACAGAAGGAAGACUACAGAGCUUAGUCAGGAGUCUGCCCAGGUGGGAGAUAGGGGCCUUGGUAGCUUUUGUUCCUAAUAGUCACUUCUGGGUUUAGAGAGGCCAGGAGUGCCAAUGCUCUGUGCUAGAGCCUGUCAAGAAUGUCAGGCCUGGAAUGGUUUUUUGAUUCCUGUUAUUGACCUCCUUAUAAGUUGUUUAAGCCUGUCCUGAGUUCAAAGUAAUUUUCCUAAAGGAGCCUCAGGUAAAUAAAGAUGGAAACGAACUAAAACCAGAUUGACUAUAAAUGAUAAAUUUACCUUCUAGGAAAAACAUUACUAGUUGCACGGUGACUUCAACAGCUGGAGAGCAAGGGCUACAGGGAAGAAACCAAUGAAAUAAUCCAUGAUCAGUUUGGCGCCUAUAGCUCAGCAGCUAGGGCGCCAGCCACAUACAUUGGAACUGGCGGAUUCAAAUCCAGCCCCGGCCUGCCAAACAACAAUAACAACUACAACCAAAAAAUACUUGGGUGUUGUGGUAGAUGCCUGUAGUCCUAGCUACUUGGGAGGCUGAGGCAAAAGAAUCACUUAAUUCCAAGAGUUUGGGGUUGCUGUGAGCUGUGACACCACGGCACUCUACCCAGGGUGAUGGCUUGAGAUUCUGUCUCAAAAAAAAAGAAAGAAAAGAAAUAAUCCAUGAUUAUGCCAUAGCAUAUGCCCUUAUACAUAAUACUACCUGGGACUAUUUAGUGUUUAUAGGAGAUAAUUUGUCCAAAUAUUUGAAUAGCUCAUCAUUAUAAAAGGAUAACUGAAAAAAAAAAGGCAAUCCUUAAAAUUUAUAUUCUAUUUCAUAAUGAAUUAGAUACUUUCAUAUGUUUUUGAUUUUCCCAGCAAACGUAUAAAAUUGUCCCAAGUAUAUUAUGCACAGAUGAUCUCGUACAAAGCAGAUGAGAACAGGUCUAAUACCAAAUCUUGCAGUGAUAGGCCUUGGUUUAUAAAAUAGAUCUAUUUUGGAAAUGUUGAAUACAAAUUAAUUUGGAGGAAUCUGAGCAUUUUCUAAUCUGAGAAAUCUUUACCAAGAGUUCCUACUCUUGAAGGGGAUUUGGCCAUUCACAUGAAUGGGCCCCCUGUAAUCUAAUCAAUAGGAUUUAUUAAUCUGGAUUAUUGCAUAACCAAUUUUCUUAUAUCAAGGCAUGUUGCAGGAAUGCAGAAUAACAACUCCUGUGAAGAUGGUUCUGCAAUGACCUCUGGCAGUACCCUGAAGACUCCCUGUAUUUAAUAGACAAAAGUUGAAACGAACCCUUACUUGAACCUGUUCUUCUGUUGUUAGAUCUGAAAAAGAGACUUGGAGCUAGUUUAAAAAAAAAAAAAAAGAUGAAAAAAGUAGGGUCACACCCAUAUGAUGAGAUACUAUGCUGUCAUUAAAAAUUACUUUUCAGGCUUGGCGCCUGUAGCUCAGUGGCUAGGGUGCCAGUCACAUACACCGGAGUUGGCAGGUUCAAACCCAGCCUGGGCCUGCCAAACAACAAUCAACUACAACUAAAAACUAGCCGGGUGUUGUGGCAGGCACCUAUAUUCGGCACCUAUAUUCCCAGCUACUCAGGUGGCUGAGGCAAGAGAAUCGCUUAAGCCCAAGAGUUGGAGGUUUCUGCAGGCUGGAAGUCAUGGCACUCUACUGAGGGCGACAUAGUAAGACUGUGUCUCAAAAAAAAAUUCAAAGAAUAUUUUGUCAGAGAAAGUACUUAUGAUAUAAUAGUGGGCAUGGCACUCUACUGAGGGUGACAUAAUAAGACUGUGUCUCAAAAAAAAAAAUUACUUUUCAAAGAAUAUUUUGUCAGAGAAAGUAGUUAUGAUAUAAUAGUGGAUGAAAAAGAUAUAGAACUAUAUAAUAUGGCCCACAUUUUCAAGUGUGUGUGAUACAUAUAUGUGUGUGAUAUACAUAUAUAUAUGUAUCACACUGUAUAUACGAAUUUUUUACAAAAGGACUAGAAGGAAAUGUACCAAAAUAUCAAAACUCUUUAUCUCAGAGUGGUGAUGUUAUUACUGAGUUUUACUUUCUAUAUCCAUGUAUUAUUUUUAUCAGGGGACAUUUUUUUCGAAAAAGCCAAAAAUCAGUCAUGUUAUUGGUUCAGUAGGGAGACAGCAUCUGAGAGUCUCAGAGUUGGGUGUACCUCACCUUAAAGCCAGAGGAAUGGGAUCUGGUACAGGCUUCUUUGCCUUCUUUUUGGUCAUUGUCUUAGCAACACAAAAUCAAGGCCUUUAGCCAGCUUGGGCAUACUUUGAGGUGUCCUUUGCUGAGAUGGAAGUAUCUAUGACAGGCUCUAUCCAUAGCCUUGACUCUUUUUUUUGUUUGUUUUUUUGAUAGUCUCACUAUGUCGUCCUUGGUAGAGUACUGUGGUGUCACACCUCACUGCAACCUCAAACUCUUGGGCUCAAGUGAUUUUCUUGCCUCAGCCUUCCAAGUAUUUGGGACUAUAGGCCUCUGACACAAUGCCCAGCAAUUUUUUGGUUGCAGUUGUCAUUGGUGUUUAGCAGGCCCGGGCCGGGCUUGAACUCGCCACCUUCAGUGUAUAUGGCUGGGCACCCUACUCACUGAUCUACAGGCACAGGGCCAACACAGCCUUGACUCUUAGAAGAAGCACUCAUGUGUAGUGACUUCCCCUCUGUAAGAGGCCCUGGCUGAAUCAGAGGAACAGUGAAGCCUCUGCCUCCUAUCAACUGCGGAAAUUUAAACAUGUGGUUGAGUUACUGUUUUUUCUCUGAAACUUACAGCAUAGCAGUCAAUAAAGCUUCAAAUGCUAAGUGCCCCCAACACCCAGACUGUUUUUUGAAUCCCUGAAGACUCCCCUGGAGACACACUAUGAAGAGAAAAUAAAUAGUAAAUCUGGCAGACUGGGUGUGGUGGCUCACACCUGUAAGCCUAGCACCCUGGGAAGCCGAGGAAGGUGGAUGGCCUGAGCUCAGGAGUUGGAGACCAGCCUGAGCAAAGAGAGACAAAUAGAAAAAAAACGAACAAAAAAAAACAAAACUAGCCAGGCAUUGUGGCAGGUGCCUGUAGUCCCAGCUAUUUGGGAGGCUGAGUCAAGAGGAUCUCUUGAGCCCAAGAGUUUGAGGUUGCUGUGAGCUAUAGUGCCAGGGCACUGAACCCUAGGGCAAAUGAGUGAGACCCUUGGCCCGUUCCCCCCAAAUAGUAAGUCUGACAAAGAGAGAAUGCUGUGAUGGAUACCAUACUACUCUGGACUGAAAUAAUUUUCUCUCUUUAUUGUUAAUUCCAUGCCCAGCCAGUGAACAGCAUAACAGUUUUUACUUUUUUCCUCUUAUCUUUUGUGUAUGCCAAAAAAAGGUAACAUUUAUUGUUUUUAAAAAGUCGAACCUUACAGAGAUACUUAAAAGAAAAGGGAGGGUGGCUCAAUGAGUAGGGCGCUGGCCCCAUAUACCGAGGGUGGCGGGUUCAAACCCAGCCCCAGCUGAACUGCAACCAAAAGAUAGCCGAGUGUUGUGGCAGGCGCCUGUAAUCCCAGCUGCUCGGGAGGCUGAGGCAGGAGAAUCGCGGAAGCCCAAGAGCUAGAGGUUGCUGUGAGUCCUGUGACAUCAUGGCACUCUACUGAAGGCA